AGCUCCACCUCAGUAUCAAGAUUUAUCGCAGGGUAAAUUUCCAAUUGACACAGUUUGUGAAGGUUAUGUAACAUUAUGAAAGGUAUAAAUACGUGACAUGUUUUAUUGCAAACUGUGGAGAUUCAAAAAUGAUGAAGUUUGUGGUUGUCGCUCUCUUCGUUGCUGGAGCCUACGGGUGCGGUCUGCCCACCUUCUCCCCUGUGGUGACCAGGGUGGUUGGAGGAGAGGACGUCAGGCCUCACAGCUGGCCCUGGCAGAUUUCCCUGCAGUAUAACAGACAAGGUGAGUGGAGACACACCUGUGGAGGGACCCUGAUCUCUAACCAGUGGGUCCUCACCGCUGCUCACUGCAUCAGCAGUAGCAAGGAGUACAGAGUGGCCAUGGGAAAGCAGAACCUGAUCGAGACAGAGGCGGGCGCUGUGUUCAUGGGCACCGCCAACAUCAUUGUGCAUGAGAAGUGGAACCCCUUCUUCAUCCGUAAUGACAUUGCUCUGAUCAAGCUGGAGACGCCCGUUAUCUUCUCUAACAGCAUCAUGGCAGCUUGUCUCCCUGCUGCAGGCGUCAUCCUCCCCCACAACGACUCCUGCUACGUCACUGGAUGGGGUCGCAUCUCCACCGGAGGUCCCAUCGCUGACAUCCUGCAGCAGGCUCUCCUUCCUGUCGUGGACCACGCCACCUGCACCAAGCCUGACUGGUGGGGCGCUCAGGUGAAGGACACCAUGGUCUGUGCCGGCGGAGACGGGGUCGUGUCUGGUUGCAACGGAGACUCUGGCGGCCCUCUGAACUGCCGCAGCGCUGACGGGUCCUGGGGCGUUCACGGCAUCGUCAGCUUUGGCUCCGGCCUCAGCUGCAACUUCCCCAAGAAGCCGACGGUGUUCACCCAAGUCAGCUCCUACAGCGACUGGAUCAGCUCUAAAAUGGUGGCCUACUGAGAGGACAGUGGUGUGGAAUAAA